AAAAAAUAUCACGAUCAAAUGGCGCCCGUUGCCGGGGAGUGGCACGAUUUUUUGUUAGUACUUUCUGUGGAAUAGGUAAAAGCAAGUCGGUGAGACUUUCUAUUUUUUGUGUUGUCUGUUUGUCGUUUUUGGUGCGUGUGAACUAAGUUGCAGGAACUAGUGCAUGGACACUCGCUCCUCGGGGGAACAAGAUUUAAUUGCAGGUUAUUCGAAUCCUGAACGCUUAUUCCGAGGAAGAGCUAAAAGGCAGUUGCUAGAAGACUUGAACAAUUUUGAAAUCAAGCCGGCCAUGAUUCAGAUGCUGGCCAAUAAUCUAUUCUGUGGAUACGCUCAUGAAGAUCCAAUGGAGCAUAUUGAGAGCCUUAUUCAGACUUGUGCCACAUUCAAAUACAAUGGGAUAUCCAGCGAGGCAGUGAGGUUGACCUUAUUUCCAUUCUCGUUGAGAGAUAAGGCAUCGUGGUGGCUCCGUAGCUUUCCAAACGGGCAUUUUGAUACAUGGGAGAAGCUUCAUCUGGCAUUUAUGCAGGAGUACUUUCCUCCCUCCGCCGCUAUCAAAGUUCAGACAGAAACUCUCAACUUCACUCAAGCUCUAACCGAGACUUUCAGUGAAGCAUGGGAUAAGCUGAAGACGCUGAGAAGGAAGUGUCCAGAAAUAUUCAUGAAUUCAGCAACCAUCAUGUGCAGAUUUUAUAAUGGUCUUCGGCUAGAGUAUAUGAGAGAACUAGACCGGGCAUCUCGGGGGUGUAUGUUUCUAAAAUUGUCCCCACAGGCAGAAGAACAGAUAAUAGAGAAUUUGGCUUCAAAUGAUAAAUAUUCGUAUGCGGACAAGGAGAGAGCUCAAAAUCCACCUGGUUUGCUCAAUUUAGAUCCCAUCACUGCACUCACAGCGAAGAUCGAGGGACUCGCAAUGGAUGUCAAGGACUUGAAGGCACAAACCUCUCAGCAGCAACAUGCUCAUAAUAUUGGGGUCCAGUGGUCCGUGAUGUGAAUUUCAUGGAAUACGGUCAAGGCCAGAGAGCUGGUGGCCAGUUUUUCAACAAUCAAGUUCAGAGAGCAAAUUUUCAGCCAGGAGCAAGCUCGUGGAGACCUGAAAAUCAGAAUCAGGGGCAGCGGAAUGCUCCUAAUUUCCAAGCAAAUUUCCAGAAUAGAGGCAAUUCAAAUCAGCCCGCUCACUAAAGACAGCUUGAAUCACCUCCAAUAAAUGCAGCGUUGGAGAAAACAGUGGCUGAAUUAGCCAAAAAUCAAGCGGAGAUGCACCAGUGUUUCAACAACCUAGAAGCUCUUAUCCGCCAGCUUGGUUCAGUUGCUCCUAGAGAACCGGGAAGCCUUCCGAGUUCAACAGAACCCAAUCAAAGGGAGCAAGUGCAGGCUGUUACACUACGCAGCGGGAA